CGAUCCCGGACAUUUCGGGGGGUUCACGACUGACGAUUUACGACACACGCUUACGAACGUCAAGAGCACUACUAUAAGAACAACCUUAAGGGAUGACUGUCGCGACCGGCUCCUCGACUCCCACUACGCUCUAUGACGAAGAAGCACCAUUGCUGCUCGCUGCAGGCGCGAAGCAGCACCAGGCGGUGUACGAUCGCUUUACGAAGUCCCAGAAAAGGGUCAUUUUGUUUCUCAUUUCUUGGGCUGGCUUGAUUCCUUUUUUCCUUUUUGGCUCGUUCAUACCGUCGAUACCGCAGGUUGCGGAUGAGCUUGGCUCUACUCCGGCCAUUAUCAGCUCGACGAUCAGUGUCUCUACCCUUGCCUCAGCGUUCGGCGCUCUUUUCUGGGGACAGUUCUCUGGCUACUACGGGCGCAAAGCUGUCUAUCUUUUUAGCAGCCCCUGCCUGAUCGUGGGCUCUCUUGGCUCUGGACUUGCCCAGAACGUGUCCCAGCUCGUGGUGUUCCGCUUCAUUCAAGCAUUUGGCGCCGGAAGUAGUCUUUCAAUCGGCUCGGCUGUCGUCGGAGACAUAUACAGGCUUGAGGAGCGAGGUGGUGCGAUGGGUAUUUUCCUUGCCAUUCAGAUGGUCGGUCCUUCGGCUGGGCCAAUUUUGGGCGGUCUUGCUACGCACUAUGCUUCUUGGAGAUGGAUGCAGAUCGGGCUAUUCUUCGCGUCGUGCAUUACUUUCGCUCUGAUCUGGCAGUGCUUCCCCGAGACGAGCCAUCCGAACACCCUCGGAAUUGAUAAGACGGAGCAGGAGACGGGUGUUCGUAGGAAAUUUGUGUUCAUUAACCCGUUCAAUAGUUUGGCGCUCUUGCGGAGCCCCGUUAUUGUGAUCAUAUGCUUAAUCGGUACUUGCACGCUGUACACCGACUUCGUACUUUGGGUGCCUCUUCCUUACACCAUCGGCGAACGCUACGGCAUCACGAACGAGACUUGGGUCGGCGCAUGCUUCCUCCCCUCUGCAGCUGGAAAUCUCAUCGCAGCGCCUUUUAUCGGCAAGAUUUCGGAUCGCAUCGUGAAGAAGUACGCAGAGGCACGAGGCGGAAAGUGGGUGCCCGAGGACCGUCUGAAUGCGGCAAAGUUCGGUGGCGUCUUUCUCGUUCCGGUCUCGGUCGUUCUGGCUGGCUUCGCGUCGGCGUUUAUUGAUAACCGGCCGCUGGGAAUCUUCGUGAGCCUCGUAGCGCUGCUGAUGAAUGGUCUUGGGGUUGUAGCUGUGAUGGCAGUUCUGCAGGCGUACAUUGUAGAUGUGCUGCAUAGCCAGAGUGCGGAGGCGUCCUCGGCGUACUUUGGUGUCCGCUCUAUCCUUUGCUCGAUUAUCACUCUGGGCAUCAUGCCUUCGAUCGAGCACCUCGGCGUCUGGUAUACGGAUCUGUUGUGCGCCGCCUUCGCAUGGAUUGGAUAUGCCUUGUUGAUGGUUCUAUUGCUCCGCGGAGACAAGCUGAGGGCAUGGGUUGACAUUGGUUAUACAACCAGUAUGGGCGACAAUUAGUAGGGGCGGAGGCGAUGGAUUGGAGAGUGUGCUUGAAGGAGAACGUCGAGUGCCUGUUCGCGGAUGCUGUCGUGCCAGCAACUGGAAGAGGGACGAGAGAUCUCCACCUACUAGAUAUUCGAAUAGAGAUUUUGCUAUAGGUGUUUUCAUGGCCGAUGGACGCUAUUGUUGCGCAAGAUGUGGCAUAUCCACAAGUCGGAUCCCUCCGCGUUGACGGAAAUGGUCAGAUGUGGCGUUCUCCAUGAACGGAUCGGAUGAGUACCAUACCAGUAGCGGAAGAAACAGACUUAGAGAGGCGCCAAUCACGAGUGCCCGGCCGUAGCCGAGGUUAAUGAUUUAUCUGGUCGUUGGCCGAUCUUUAGCCGAGUUCGGUUCCGUUGCGCAAUUUGACCAUGACAUGCGAAUACGAUGCUAACUGCCCUUGCACCUCUUUGCACAACCACCGAACCACCAUUAGGGCCAUUAGGAGUCUACCAUAGACGUUUGUGUGCUCUAGGAUACGAUGAUUACCACGGAACAUGAUGAAGAAACACCUCUGCUUGUCGUGUUUGCGACCCAGCAGCAUGACGUGGUGUACGACCGGUUUACGAAGGGACAGAAGAGAAUGAUUGUGUUCAUCAUCUCGUGGGCGGGCUUGAUACCUUUCUUCCUGUCUGGCUCAUUCAUACCCUCGAUUCCUCAGGUCGCUGAAGAGCUCCACUUGACACCCUCUGUCAUAAGUUUAACCAUCAGCGUGUCGAUGAUUGCCUCAGCUAUUGGCGCGCUCUUCUGGGGCCAGUUCUCUGGUUACUAUGGGCGCAAGCCCGUGUACCUCCUCAGCAGUCCCUGCUUGAUCAUCGGUUCUCUAGGCUCUGGUCUCUCCCAGAAUGUCCCUCAGCUCGUGAUCUUCCGCUUCAUCCAGUCUUUUGGCGCCGGAAGCGGCAUAUCAAUAGGCUCUGCGGUAAUAGGUGACAUAUGUAAAGUGGAGGAGAGAGGGGCAGCGAUGGGCAUCUUCAUGGCCAUCCAGCUUACGGGUCCUGCUAUGGGUCCAAUUUUGGGCGGUAUGGCAACGCACUACGCGUCCUGGCGAUGGACGCAGUUCGGUCUUUUCUUCGCGUCGUGCAUCACGCUUGCUCUGAUUAGCUCCCUGUUCACCGAGACGAGUCAUCCGAACACGCUUGGGAUCGACAAGAUGGAGCAGGCGACGGGCGUUCGCAGGCGGCUUGUUGUCAUCAACCCGUUCAAGAGCCUCAAGCUCCUGCGCAGUCCUGUCGUUGUUCUUGGGAGCUUUAUCUGCGCCUGUGUCCUGUUCACAGACUUUGUUCUUUGGAUACCUCUGCCAAUCACGAUUGGAGAACGCUACAACAUAAAAAACGAAACAUGGGUUGGCGCAUGCUUCAUCCCAUCCGCCAUAGGCAACAUUGUGGGUGCUCCACUCUUCGGUAGGAUCUCCGACCGCAUCGUGCAAAAGUCACGAGAAGAACGCGGGGCCAAAUGGGUCCCCGAGGACCGCCUGAAAGCGUCGAUCGUGGGCGCUGGAUUCCUCGUCCCGGUGUCAGUCUUGCUGGCCGGCUUUGCCUCGGAGUUUGUGGACGGGGCUCCAGGUAUCGUGUUGAGCCUAGUGGCGCUUUUCAUGAACGGGUUGGGGGUUGUGUCUGUGACGACGAUGCUGGUGGCGUACAUUGUCGAUGUAUUGCAGAGCCAGAGCGCAGAGGCAUCCUCGGCGUACCUUGGCGUCAGAUCCGUUCUAGUCGCGAUUGGCACUGUAAGCAUAAUGCCGUCCAUUGAGACGCUCGGUGUCUGGCGGACGGACCUGUGGUGCGCGGCGUUGUCAUGGUUUGGCUAUGGGCUAUUGUUAGUGAUGAUUCAUCGUGGAGAGAAGCUCAGAGCAUGGGUGGACGUCGGGUACACGACUGGCAACGCAAACAACUAGACAAAAUCGAAUGAUAGGAUCGCUAUUUUUAGAUAUUUGUUACAACACCACAUAAUGUGGGCCACCCUAUAGUAGGAUUCUGUUCAGUGACUAUACUUCGUACACUCAAGUCAAG